AUGGAUGUAUCUUCAGGCGUGAUCAAUGCCUUUGCCUCGAGCCUGAGCCCGGAACAGAUUGCCGAAGCGGAGAAGUCUAUCGACAGUGCCGGACGAAUUACACUGUAUCAGUUCAAGAUCGCAAUCGGCGUCCUUCUCGGCCUGGCAUUCCUAUCCUUCUCCGGACGCAUCUUCAUCCGCCUCUUCACCCGAAGACGACUCUACCUGGACGAUGGCUUUCUCAUCCUCGCCUUCGUCUGUUUGUGCGUGGUGACCGCCAUGCUCUACCUGCGGGUGCAGAUCGUCUACAUCCUGUUCGGGGUGCUCUCCGGGAACUCGGCCGCGUAUGCGCUCGCCAUCAAGCACUACGACAAACUAGUGGAGCAGUCCAAGUGGCAGCUCGGGUAUAUCACGCUGUUGUGGACGGUGGUCUUCUCCGUCAAAUGGUGCUACUUCGCGUUUUUCUACCCGCUGCUGCGCAACGUCUCGCGGAAGCUGAUCUGGUACUAUCGCUUCGCGAUCGUCUUCUCGGUCGCAUCCUGGAUCGCGAUCGUCGUGGGCGAAGAGCUCAUCGCAUGCCCGUAUCUCGGGGAGGAGGCAGGCAAGAAAUGCUUCCCCGAUCUUCCCGUGUCACGAACCUCACUACUCGCCGCCUUCUGGGCCUUCCCCUGCCUCGACGCUCUAAGCGAUUUAAUCAUCGUCACCAUCCCCAUCCUCCUCCUCCGCAACGUCCAGCUCCGCACGCUCACCAAACUCGGCAUCGGCUGCUUCGUCUGCCUCUCCGGCUUCAUGUUCGCCUGCUCCAUCAUCCGCGCCGCGGGGACCUACUACCGCAACGCCCUGGACUACCCGUGGCAGGUAUUCUGGCUGCACGCGGAGGCCUGCAUCGGGGUGACCAUGGCCUCCAUCACCGCCUACCGGUCGACCCUGAUCGGGUCGAACGAGGUCUCCGACCGCGUGCGCGGGUACCUCAGCCGCAUCAAGCGGACGUGGAAGCAGCGGAUGGAUGGCUCGGAGGUGGAGAGCCGGCCCCGGACUGCCCCGGUCUGUGACAAGAAUCGAUGGGGGUUUCCGCGCAUCCCGCGUGGGACGAUCACGGGGCUGCGGAGUGUGUUGGGUCGGAGUACCGCACACAGAGAUACGGCGGUGCUGACGGCGGGGUCACUGGGGGGCGAGGAGGAGGCGGAUUAUCAUGCUUACUUGAAGGGGGGAAGGGGUCUAUUGAGAAUGUACUAUGAUUUUGAGAUUGGAAAUUAUGUGUUACGCCAAUGA